UUAUCAGAUAUUUGUAAUGAAAAUUGGAAGAGAGUGAUGAGGAUUUAUUUGACAUGGUGGGUUUUGUGGCAUUAGCCGGUCCGUGAGUGAGUUGGUUGAAUGGCGAGUAGCCGGAGAAGAACGUUUGGCAACAUGAGGUCAUUCGUAAGCAAUUCGAUGGGAGGUCUCAGGGGCGGAAGCAACCUUGCUUCUUGGGUCGUCGCCGGAACCCUAGCCUACUUCCUCUGGAUCAAACCCUCCCAAGACUUCAAGCGUCAACAACAGGAGAAGGCCACUCUUGCCGCCGCUGAGUCUGAUUCUUAUCGUAAACCCAUUCCCGACCCUCAGGUUACGGGUUUGAUAUAUGGAAACAAGAACAAGGACAAAGCAACCAAACCAGAGGAUUGAUUGAUUAGCAUUCAUGUGAGUUUGUUGCCUUACUUCUACUCAGUCCUACACAAAUACACCAUCCCAAGAGUUAAUGAAGAUAGAUAGAUCAUAGAUGUGAGUGUGUUUAUGAUGUUCUUGGCACUUGGCAGGAUUCAAAUGGAUAUAAUUAACAAUACGGCAUAUCUCGUGUUUUCAUGCGCGCUCAGUUUCAUCUUUACUAAAUAUUACUACUGUUUAUUGUAUUCACGUUUAUGUGUUUAUACAGUAAAUUAGGUUGUCUGUUUUACAUAACACUAUAACAGCAGUGCUCUUCCUGUCAUAUUUGUUUUUUUUUUCUUUUUGUUUCGAGAAUCAGCAUCUGCAAGACUGUAAUAAUCCAUCCUUCCGGAGACAAGAGGCAUGUUAUUAUAAUGAAUAAGUCCUUCUGCCAUUACUCAUGAA